GGCCGCGCGGGCGCCGCGCGGGCGCCGCGCGGGCGCCCCCGCCGCGGCCCCGCCGCGGCCAUGGUCGUGCGCGUGCGCGGGCUCCAGGCCGCCGCCCACCUCAACGACAUGCAGGGGAUGUGCAUGGGCUUCGAUGAGGAGAAGGGGCGCUGGCACGUGCAGCUCGAGAACGGCGAUCUGAAGGCCCUGAAGCCCGACAACUUCGUCCCCGUCAUGGGGUCCGGCGGCCCCGACCUGACGCUGGAGGGCGGCCGGGUGGUCCAUGUCCCCGUCGGGAGCGUGGCACACCUGAGCAGCACGGAGAACGAGGACGGGGAGCUCCUCCGGGAGGUGCUGGUACGAGACCUUGAGCAUUUCUGUGAGCACACUGGUGUGUCGGCUGAGCUGCACAUCUUGGAGGCCCGCCUCCUCUGCCACGACGAUUCAUACCCGAGCCUCGCAUUUGUGAGAGUGAUAGACGUGGAUGAGUGUUGCGUAUGAUGGCGGCGAUUGACUGGCGGUGAUGGUGCGUGCGACAGCGGUCGCCACGACUCGCGGGUCCUGGCUGCGAGACGCAGCUGGCUGCGCCGCCGUUGGGCCCAGGGGCCUUGGGCAACCCAACCCUUGUGGCCUCGUGGCAUGGGGGCAGUUGUGAGAGAGGAGGGGCUCACCGCCGACCCCUCUUGGCCAGCGAUCGAGACACGCGCUUGAGGUGAGGCACCGCGCGCGCCGCGGGCGCAACGCUCAGGCUCAGGCUGAUCAGAACAGGCGUGAGUGGUGCGCAGCGCAGGCUUGCGGAUCAUGCGCGUGCGCGCCCGUGCUGUGCCGAGGCCUGCCUCUUGCACGUCUGUGUGCGUGCAUUCGCGUCGCGCGCGUGCGCGCGCACAGGCUGCGUGGCUCCGGAGAUGUCCAGACCACCGCAUCACCUGC